CCGAGUUCCAUCAUUCUUAAAGCAGCUCAUCCAGCAAUAUCACACAUCAUCAACCAUACCUUACAUCGAAUACAGUAAACAUCCCGCCAUGGCCCCUAGGAUUGGAGUCUUCCCCGCCUCUGGUGGGCUCGGAACAAGCAUCGUCAAUCACCUGAUGAAACUAGUUUCGGCGUCUCAGUUAGUCUUGAUUACACGCAACCUGGAUAAAUGGACCAACUUGGGCCAAGCGGGCGCUACACUGCGAACUGCAGACUAUGACCAGCCCUCUACCCUCGAUAAUGCCUUUGACGGAGUGGACGUUCUGAUGCUCAUCUCCUACGCAUCCUUCGAGAUCAAGCACCGAGUGGAUGCGCAUCAACCAGCAAUCCAAGCAGCGAUAGGAAGCGGUGUGAAACACAUCUUCUACUCAUCCCUGGGUUUCGCCGGCGAUCUGACCGACCACAGUGUAGCUCAUGUUAUGGGCGCACACCUCGAAACGGAGCGGUAUCUCGCUGAGCUUACGGAUAAAAUCACUUACACGUCCGUUCGGGAGGGACUCUAUACUGAAUCAUUCCCAAUAUACACGGCGUGGUUAGACCCCGCGAAUCCUCCUGGCGAAAUCACUAUCCCGCACUCUGGAUCUGGACCAGGAGUGGCGUGGGUUAAACGGGACGAACUUGGUGAAGCGACCGCUAAAUUGAUUGUUGCUUACAUCAACCACCCUGACAGCUUCAAGUACUUAAACAAGAAGGUAUUGCUCACGGGUCGACGGGAAAUUUCCCUUGCGGAGACGGUGGGUAUCCUGGGUCGUGCAAUUGGAAAGCCUCUUGAGAUUAAGGAGAUUUCUGUUGACGAGUAUGUCGGUCUUCCCCAAAUCGGGGACAAGCAUACCUACCAUGGAGUUAACCUUUCGAGGGAAUGGGCUACAGCUUGGGAAGCCAUUAAGCAAGGAGAAACCGCCGUGGUGUCACCGGCGAUGAAGGAAAUCCUUGGACGGGAGCCAGAAAGCUACGAAACUACUAUCCAAGCUUUGAUUGGAUGAGCAAAUCAUUUCGAAACCCAUGA